AUGAAAAUAUUCAUUAAAUACAAAGGAAAGUCUAUUAUUGAAUUAAAAUUCGAAGAAAAUACCCCAUAUAGAGAAAUCAAAACAAUGAUAGAAAACAAGCUUUUAGUUCCUGCAUCUGAGCAAACUCUUACAUAUCUUUUGUCAGAAAUUGAAUCAAAAAUAGCUGAUGACCAAUUAUUUAGCUCUGAUUUUAAACAUUAUUGCUUUAUUCUAAAAAGAAAUGCUGAUAGUCCAAUAGCUGAAGAUUUUUACCCUGAAAUUUCUGGUUCUUAUGAAUUUUUCGAAGCUUGUAAAGAAGGCGACAUAAAUAAAGUUACAAAUCUAUUGGCUAAUUCUCCAGAGUUGAUAGCAGAAUAUAGUGCAGAUGGACUUACAGGGCUUCAUUAUGCAGCGUGCAGCGGGAAUAUACAAUUAUUUACUUUGUUGUGCCAAUUUGGUGCUGAUAUCAACCAAAUCUCAAAAGAUGGGAAAUGAAGCCCUUUGCAUAUGAGCUGUAUUCAAGGACACUUAGGGAUUACUGAUUAUUUAUUAAGGCAAAAAAAUAUUCAAAUUGAUUUAGAAACUCCUAUAAACGCUACCCCUUUGCAUUGUGCCUGCUUAAGAGGAAGCUAUGAAAUAGUUGAAUUAUUGCUUCAAUCUAAAGCGAAUUAUUCAAUAGAAAAUCAGUUUGGAAAAACUCCUAUUGAGAUGGCUGCAAAUAAAGAAAUUAGAGAAUUGAUUUCAAAAUACAUGGGAACUGCUUUUGAAUUGCCUGGAAUUUUUGAAGGAAAAUUAUGAAUGUCUAAAUUUAUUGGAAAAAAACGAGUAUGAGCAGUGCUUAAGCCAGAAGAGGGAGAAUUUUUGCUGUAUAAAGAUAAUUGGGACCGCAACGAAUUAUUAGAAAGUUAUAAUUUAGAUGAUUUUCAGGAAAUAAAAAGAUGCAAGCCGAAAUUUUUGUCUCAUGAUUUUAUACUUUUAACUAAUAAUUUUAAUAAAUUUUUUUUUUUAUUUUGUUAUAAAUUGUAUUCAGCCAAUAUAGGAUAGUUUUAGAAUGACGCUCAAAAAUGGUACCAAAGAGAAUUUUUAUCUAAAAACUGAAGAAUCAGCAAAUGAAUGAGUCAAAAGUAUGUUUGCAGCUCUUCUCUAUAGGCAGAAUAAAUCGCGAGCUCUAAAAACAAAACAUUUUAUCAGUUUAGAAGAAUUCCCAGUCACCUCAGAAGUAAAUUAUUUUUCAUUCGAAAUAGAAGAAACCAUAGGAAAAAGCGAGUUUUCUACUGUAUAUUUAGUAAAGAAAAAAGACACAGGGGUUUUAUAUGCAUUGAAAUCUAUAUUAAAAGAUGCAUUAAGCAAACAAAAUUAUACAAAAUACGCUGUGAGUGAAGCAAAUAUAUUGAAAAGCAUCUCAUUUCCUUAUAUAAUAAAAUUAGAAUACUCAUUUCAGUCAGAACGGUCUCUUUUUUUGGUUAUGGAAUAUUGCUCAAAUGGCUCUUUAAGCAAUUUAUUGAAAAAAAUUCAUUAUAUCUCUGAAAGAAUAGCUAAAAUUUGGGCUGCUGAAUUAGUGGUAGCUAUAAAACAUUUAAAUAGAAAUAACGUUGUAUUUAGAGACUUGAAGCCAGAAAAUAUAUUGUUUGAUAGUAAUUGGCGGAUAAAAGUGUCAGAUUUCGGCCUGGCUAAAGGAAAUGUGCAAAAUGAGGAUACAACAAGCUCAUUUUGUGGAUCGCCUGCUUAUUUUUCCCCUGAAAUGCUUAAUAAAGAAGGUGUUGGAAAAAGCGUGGAUAUCUAUGGAAUUGGGUGUAUUUUAUACGAAAUGUUAGUUGGGUAUCCACCUUUUUACUCAGAGCUUAUAGAAAAUACAUUGAAGAAAAUAGAUUAUGGCAAACUUAAAUUUCCAAAGUAUGUAAGCAAACCAGGCAAAAAUUUAAUAAAAAAAUUGCUAAAUAGAAAUCCUAAUUUAAGGCCUACAUAUGAAGAAAUUGAGUGCCACAAUUUCUUUGAAGGUAUAAACUGGGAUCUUAUUGAGCUCGGAACCUCAGCUAUAGAUUUUCAGGGGCUUAAUUAUACUUAAUCCCUCCUUAAAUUGGAACAAAAAAAUAUAUAUAAUUUUUUCCAUUUUCUGGGUAUUUUAAUCUCCCUUUAAAUCGAAACGCAAUUUUUCAAUAGAAAAAAUUUUAUAUACGAAAAUAUUAAUUUUCGUAAAUUAUUUUUGACCUAAUUGAAUAGAAAAAGUUCAAGUAGAAUAUCAUUUAAAUUGUGUUGAUUAAUUUUUUGAAUUAAUUAUUUAUAAAAAUAAAUUAAAACUCAAAGAAUAUUGGAUUUAAUUUAUUAUUUUUUAAUUUGUAAAAAAUCUUUUGUAAAGAAAUUUAAUAUGAUUUUUUUUAAAAUUAAAAAAUAAACCCUUUAACAGGAAAAGGAAUUUGUUCUAGUUUAAAGGGGAGAGUUAA